AUGUCCAAGUUUGAGCGGGCGCUUCGCGCCAUUGAUGAAGCGCACGCGCAAGACCCAAAUCUGGUCACUGUCACAGACAGCAAUGGGGUUCAAAAAGAGGUCCCCUACGAACUACACUACGCGCAAAAGAUGACCAAGUAUCUGGAACAAUGUGACCCGGCGGCAUCAGAGGCCCUGCAACUGGCCGUUCGUGCCCAGCAUCUCCGCCGUUGGGAGGUGCCCCGGAGCUCCUACCCGCAGACCAAGCAGGGCUAUUUCGCCUGGCGCACGUUUCUCAAGAACCGCCAGGCCGAGCAGGCCGAGAAGAUCUGCCUCGACUGCGGAUACUCGGCCGAGGAGGCCGGCCGCGUGGCGGCGCUGGUUCGCAAGGAGAACCUGAAGAAGGACCACGAGACGCAGACGCUGGAGGACGUCGCCUGCCUGGUGUUCUUGGACGACCAGUUCGAGGAAUUCGAGAAGGCCCAUGACGAGGAGAAGAUUGUCAGCAUCCUGAAAAAGACGUGGGGGAAGAUGUCCGACAGGGGGCAUGAGUUGGCCCUGAAGAUUGACAUGUCGGAUCGCGCAAAGGCAUUAGUCAGUAAGGCGCUGGUCGCGUAG